AUGGCUCUUGCUGUCCUCUUGGCAGCAAUCCUGGGACUUCUUAUUGUCAAGGCUGUUUUGUUUCAGCUGAGAAACCCGAGCUCCCCUCCUUGCAUCAGGAGCUGGAUCCCUUGGUUUGGAGCUGCGUUUCAGUUUGGGAAAGCUCCUCUGGAGUUUAUAGAGCAAGCUAGGAGCAAGCAUGGGCCUGUAUUCACAAUAUUCGCUCUGGGAAAACGGUUUACUUUUGUGACUGAGGAAGAAGGAGCUGAAGCAUUUUUUAAAUCUAAAGACUUAAAUUUUGAACAGGCAGUACAACAAGCUGUCAAGAAUGCAGUUUCUGUCCCUGCAGAAGCAUUUUAUCAGAACCACGGUAACCUCUACAGCAUGAUGAAGGCAAAAAUGGGUCCUUCUAAUCUGCACACGUUCACAGGCGCUUUGUGUACGGAACUACAUGAGCACAUGGCACACCUGGGCACGGAGGGCGCAGGCGACCUCAACGACCUGGUAAGGCAUGUCAUGUAUCCAGCAGUGGUGAACACUUUGUUUGGGAAAGGCAUCUGCCCGACAAGUCAGAGUGAAAUCAAGGAGUUUGAAGAACAUUUUCAGAAGUAUGACGAAGACUUCGAAUACGCUUCUCAGAUGCCCGAGUGCUUCCUGAGGAACUGGUCUAAAUCCAAAAAAUGGCUUCUAAAAUUAUUUGAGAAAGUAGUGUCAGAUGCUGAAAGGACCAACCCUGCAGAGACCGCAUCCAAGACCCUACUGCACCAUCUCCUGGAUCACUUGCAAGGAAAACAUCUAGCUCCCAACUAUGGUCUCCUGAUGCUGUGGGCUUCCCAAGCAAAUGCUGUCCCUAUUGCAUUCUGGACCCUUGUUUUCAUACUGUCUUAUCCUUCCAUUUACAAGAAAAUCAUGGAAGACCUGGCUUCUGUUUUUGGCAAAGCAGGUAAAGAUAAAAUAGAAGUCUCUGAAGAGGACCUUAAGAAGCUCCCUUUUAUUAAAUGGUGCACUUUGGAAGCCAUACGGCUGAGGUCUCCAGGUGCAAUCACCAAGAAAGUAGUAAACCCAAUAAGAAUUCAGAAUUUCACCGUCCCUGCAGGGGACAUGCUGAUGUUGUCGCCGUAUUGGUUGCACAGGAAUCCAAAAUAUUUUCCUGACCCAGAAAUGUUCAAACCUGAUCGUUGGAAAGAGGCAAAUUUAGAGAAGAAUGCUUUCUUGGACAGCUUUGUGGCAUUCGGAGGAGGGAAGCAUCAGUGUCCAGGAAGGUGGUUUGCUAUCAUGGAAAUCCAGUUGUUCGUUGUGCUAUUCCUAUACAAAUAUGAAUUUGUGCUUUUGGAUGCAGUACCAAAGGAGAGCCCUUUACAUUUGGUGGGGACACAGCAACCCACGGCACCAUUCCGGGUCCAGUAUAAAUGCCGGGAAUGAAAGCUGCCCAGCACUAACUUCCCUUCCUUUGCCAGCCACCCCUGGAUGGAUGGACCACUGAGCUGCUUCCCUGUCCUGCAUCUUCAGAUAGGUUCUCUGCCUUAACAGUUCUUAAUUUCAGCUUUAAAUGCUGUACGUGCUCUGCGUUGUGGUAUGCCAUACCAGUGUAGUCCUAUCUGUGCUCCUCACCUGAUUGCCUACCUCCUAGUACUGAAAAAUCAAGCUCUCC